AUGGCGGACCAGAACGAGAUCGAUUUGGAUUCGAUCAUUGAUAGACUGUUGGAGGUGAGGGGCAGUCGUCCCGGAAAGCAGGUCCAGCUGCUCGAGUCCGAGAUCCGCCAUCUUUGCACCAAGGCUAGAGAGAUCUUCAUUUCGCAGCCUAUACUUUUGGAGUUGGAGGCCCCGAUAAAGAGAAAGAGGAGAAAGAAAAAAAAAACUAACUCGCGCAAGAUAUGCGGUGAUAUUCAUGGCCAGUACUACGAUCUCUUGCGCCUGUUCGAGUACGGAGGUUUCCCGCCGGAAGCCAACUACCUCUUCCUAGGCGACUACGUAGACCGAGGCAAGCAGUCUCUCGAGACCAUCUGUCUACUCCUCGCAUACAAGAUCAAAUAUCCAGAGAACUUCUUCGUGCUCCGCGGCAACCACGAGUGCGCUUCCAUCAACCGUAUCUACGGCUUCUACGACGAGUGCAAGCGAAGAUACAACAUCAAGCUCUGGAAGACCUUUACCGACUGCUUCAACUGCCUCCCAAUUGCCGCCAUCAUCGACGAGAAGAUCUUCACCAUGCACGGUGGUCUCAGUCCCGAUCUCAACUCCAUGGAACAGAUUCGCCGUGUCAUGCGUCCAACAGAUCUUGAUUAUUUAUUACUCUUUUUUAUGCAUGGCAUUCCUGACUGCGGUCUCCUCUGCGAUCUCCUCUGGUCUGAUCCUGACAAGGACAUCACCGGCUGGAGCGAAAACGAUCGAGGUGUCUCCUUCACAUUCGGCCCCGACGUCGUCUCGCGGUUCUUGCAGAAGCAUGACAUGGACCUCAUCUGUCGAGCACAUCAGGUAGUCGAGGAUGGCUACGAGUUCUUCUCCAAGCGGCAGCUGGUCACGCUCUUCAGCGCACCAAACUACUGCGGAGAAUUCGACAAUGCCGGAGCUAUGAUGAGUGUAGACGAGAGCCUUCUCUGUUCAUUCCAGAUCCUGAAACCAGCCGAAAAGAAACAAAAGUACGUCUACGGAGGCAUGGCACCUAACAGACCCAUCACUCCUCCAAGGAAGCAGAAGAAAAAGUAA